UUAUUUACAAAGAAAAAAAAAAAGAAAUAUGAACGAGGAAGGAAAUGCUACCCUAUGAUUUCCCGCUCUCUCGGCCAAACAGAGCAAGCUCAGUUAUGGAUUAUUCGACGUUCUUCUCUGUUCAUUUCUUCUUUUUCUUCAUCCUUUCCAGUUUCGCCCCUCUUUCCCUUUCUUUCUUGUCCAGUGAAAACUUUACGCUCUCAGGUGACGCCCAUAUCAGAAACAAUGCCAUUCUUCUCACUAAAGAACACAGCUGCCUUCCCUUUUCUUCGAAUUCCCAUUCCGGGGUCGGAACCGCCUUCUACGUAAACCCUUUUCGCUUUCUUGAUUUCUCCACCAAUUCCACGGCUUCUUUCUCCUCUCGAUUCUCCUUCUCCAUUGUCCCCACCCCGUUUUGCCCUUUUGCCGAUGGAAUCGCCUUUCUCAUCACCUCCGAUACCAAAUCUUUCAGCCGCUCUCUUGGGCACAUGGGCCUUCCCGACCCGUCUCUUGAUUCCCACCUUUCUUUCGUCGCUGUUGAAUUCGACACCAAUUUCCACCCUGAUCUUGGCGACAUUAAUGACAAUCAUCUCGGUCUUGAUCUCAACUCACCUACCUCUUUGACUUCUGUGGAUUUUUGGUCAAGUGGCAUUGCUUUGAAAAAUGGCAGGAAGAUUACUGCUUGGAUUGAAUACAGGGAUGACAUUAAGAUGAUCCAGGUCUGGGUUGGGUAUUCCCAGACUCGACCCGCAAAUCCUCUUCUGGUUGCGCAGAUCGACCUUUCUAAGCAAUUUAAGGAGUUUAUGUAUGUGGGAUUCUCUGCUUCCAAUGGGAAGGGCUCUGCUCUUUACAUUGUUGAUAGAUGGCUAUUUAGAACUUUUGGGUUGGUCCCUUCUUUGAGUCCUGUGGGUGCCAUUAACGAAGGAGACUGUUUUAUGUGCUCAUUGGAGGAUUCAAGCACCAAUAGCAGUCAUGUCGUUGAUGCUCGUAUGGGGAAGAAGAUUGGGGAGACGACCCUUGGAUUGGGAGGUUUAGCUGCAUUUGUUUGCUGCAUUGUUGCAAUUGUUGGUUAUGUUUUGAUAAAGAAGUUUAGAGGUAGAAUGUCCAGAGGCAGAGUAGCCCAUCUAACCUCUCAAGUUCAUAUGAACAGAGUUCCAAUGAGAUUCUCUCUUCAGGAGAUAAAGUUGGCUACAAUGGGGUUUAAUCAGAACAGAGUUGUUGGGGAAGGUGGUUCUGCAACAGUUUACAAAGGGUCUCUCUCUUCCAGUGGAGAAGUAGCCGUUAAACGAUUCGAGCGAAGCACGCCAAACAACUGCCAGUGCAUUCCUUUCACCACAGAGUUCGCGACAAUGGCGGGUAGCUUAAGACAUGAGAAUUUGGUUCAACUUCAUGGAUGGUGCUGUGAGGCGAACGAGUUGAUGCUUGUUUACGAGUACUUACCCAACGGAAGCCUUGCCGAACUUCUUCACAACAACUCCAAUUCACAAUUUGUUCUUCCUUGGAAGAAGAGGUUGUCUAUAGUUCUUGGGGUUGCUUCUGCAUUGACAUAUCUUCAUGAAGAAUGUGAGAACCAAAUCAUUCAUAGGGAUGUCAAGACCUGCAACAUUAUGCUUGAUGCAGAGUUCAACGCCAAACUAGUGGAUUUCGGUCUAGCAGAAGUAUACGAACACAGUUCGAAAACAAGAGAAGCAACCAUACCAGCCGGAACGAUGGGAUACCUUGCACCCGAAUAUGUUUAUUCUGGUGUUCCCACUGUCAAAUCCGAUGUUUACAGCUUCGGUGUGGUAAUGCUCGAAGUUGUGUCGGGACGGAGGGCUGUAGAAGAAGACGGGACGGUGCUCGUCAGUUGGAUUUGGGAUCAAUGGGAAGUGGGGAAACUGAUUGAAGCAUCUGAUUCAAGGUUGAUGGGAGAGUACAAUGUAGUAGAAAUGGAAAGAAUUCUAAUGGUGGGACUUCUCUGUGUGCAUCCAAAUCAUGAAAAGAGGCCAACUGCUAAAGAAGCUGCAAGGAUCCUCAAAGGGGAAGCACCACUCCCUCUACUGCCAUCAAGGAAACCAAGGGUCAAUAUCAAGCCUUUUUUUUCCUGAUGAAAAAGAUAAAGAAAACCCGUGUCAACUAUCUCGGCCUCAACGACCCCCAAGAGUCAGUUUAGCUAGCCGAACCAUCGAUCAAAUUUGUCAUUGACGCCAAUCUCCAUUGAAUCGUGUAU